UUUAUCGACUAUCCAUAUCCACACAUCCACUUCCCGUCAGCUAGCAGCCAGCACAGACCACGAUUAAUUUCGCCUCGACGCCACAUUUUGUUUUGUAUAUACACAUCUCUAUAACAUACACUCGCAUCACAUCAUGGCCAAACUCAGUGAUUCGGCCAUCAUCGUCAUCGUCAUCGUGGUCUGUCUGGCCCUCGUGUCGCUGGGCGCCGCCCUCACCAAACAAUUCUGGCCCGAGGCCCCUCAACAACGCUACAACUACCCGGCCGAACAGCAAACGUAUAUGCGGACCGUCCGGUUGAAGAACCUGGGGAUUUUCCAGCGCGAAUCGAUGAAUCUGAGCGGGAAGGCUCCUGUGCCGGUAGCGAGGGAUGUGGAGUCGGGGUACUCGGAAAACGAAUCCUCGCAUUACUAGUCGCGUUUCUUCCACCCUCCCCCUCACUCCUUAGCUGUCCCCUUUGAAGCCGCAUUGCGACCUGUACGAUUGACGACCACGCUUGUGCGAUUACCACAUUGUUAUUGAGUAUUGAUUUGAUGGAUUGAUUGAUGGAUUUGCGCCAUGGCGGUGUUGGAUGGCGUUGUAUUAUAUCCGGGUUUUAUUGGUAUAUAGGUUUGAUGGUUUGUCUGGUGACAUACUCUACACAACAUUCCUGAGUAUGCAGAUACGUGAAUAUAUGAAACUACCACAAUUCCUAAGACACCACACUAUACAUACGGGCUAUGGACGUCCAGAACUAGACCCAUAAUCCAAAAUCACGAAACGAUGGGCGCAUUUCACUGGUCU